AUGGCUACCAACCCUAACAAGAAAGCCGUCAUUGUCGGUGGUACGCACGGCAUCGGUCUUGCAACUGCCCAAUUGCUGCUUCAACAAGAUAUUCGAGUCUUGGUAACGGGACGGAGUUCUCAGCCUAUUGAAUCCGCAAAACAAGAACUUGGAGGCAGAGCCCACGUUGUACCAUGCGACAUCAGUUCACUAAAGGGCAUUGCCGAGUUGACGCGCCAGGUGGAAUCGUACUUCGGGCCCGGUCAACAGAUCGAUCUUCUCUUCAUCAACGCCGGCUACGCCCACCUCGAUCCUUUCACCGACGUUACGGAAGAGACUUUCUGCCGGACCUUCAAUACCAACGUACUCGGCGCAUUUUUCGUCGCGCAGAGUCUGGUCCCUUCUGUUCGCCAGGGCGGAGCGAUCGUCUUCACCACCUCCGUGGCCAACAAGACCGGUAUCCCUGGAAUGUCCGUUUAUUCGGCGUCGAAGGCUGCGGUGCACUCCCUCGUGCAGACGCUAGCAGCCGAGCUGGUGGACCGGAAUAUUCGGGUUAAUGCUGUUUCGCCCGGCUUCAUCAAGACACCCACUAUGGGUGUAGCAGGAACGCCGUCAGAGGUGCUGGCCGCGUUUGAGGAAGAAGGCGUGCGAACGACCCCGUUAGGCAGGAUUGGUAAUCCAGAGGAAGUUGCAAAAGCUGUUAUGUUUUUGGCAUUUGACGCAACCUUUACCACGGGGGCAGAACUAGUCAUCGAUGGAGGAUUGACUUCAUUGCAGAAGCCUAGUCACUAG